GCGCUCUCUGUUGUUGUUAUGUCGGUGUGCUGCCUUAAUACAAACGGUUAGACAAGUUUCUAAGAAAAAAAAAAUACAGAUUUUGAAUCAGUUCAGUAAAUACCUGUAAUAUCCUCGUCCUCACAGUCGUGACUGAGUUUUGAAGCGAGCAGGAAUAUCUGGAGGAGUUUAUCAUCUGAACUGAGAUCUGCUGCUGUGAAGAUGGAGUUUGUGAAAGAAGAGAGAGAAGAGAAUACGAGUGAACCAGAAACCAGCACAAUAAAACAUGAGGAACCAGAAAUAAAACACGAGGAAACAGAAACCUGGAGAAUAAAACACGAGGAAACGGAAACCUGCAGAAUAAAACACGGGGAAACAGAAAUAAAACACGAGGAACCAGAAUCUUUGAUAAUUAAACACGGGGAACCAGAAACCUGGAGAAUAAAACACAAGGAAACAGAAAUAAAACACGAGGAACAAGGAGAGUUCAUUGAAGGAAAAGAGGACAAUGAAGAAUCAAGUGAAGUUGAGGAGAAAAAUAAUGUCAAAACUGGUGGGAAAACUUUGACUUGCUCUCAAACCAAACAGAAAGAUUUAAAGAAAAAAAGAGUUAAGGUAUCUUUCACCUGCACUCAGUGUGGAAAGAGUUUCACAUGUAAAUCAAAUCUUAAGCAUCACAUGAGAGUUCAUACUGGAGAGAAACCAUUCACUUUCAAUCAGUGCAGGAAGAUUUUCAAACAAUCAUCAAACCUUAAGGAUCACAUGAACAUCCACACUGGAGAGAAAUCUUACAAGUGUUCACACUGUGACAAGAGAUUCAGUCAGUCAGCAGAUCUGAAAACACAUGAGAGGAUUCACAAUGGAGAGAAACCUUACAAGUGUUCACACUGUGACAAGAGAUUGAUUCAGUCAGGAAGUCUGAAAAAACAUGAGAGCACUCACACAGGAGAGAAACCUUACAAGUGUUCACACUGUGAAAAGAGAUUCUGUGUGUCAACAGAGCUGAAAACACAUGAGAGGAUUCACAAUGGAGAGAAACCUUACAAGUGUUCAAACUGUGACAAGAGAUUCAAUCAAUCAUCAAAUCUGAAAACACAUGAGAGGAUUCACAAUGGAGAGAAACCUUACAAGUGUUCACACUGUGACAAGAGAUUUAUUCAGUCAGGAAGUCUGAAAAAACAUGAGAGCACUCACACAGGAGAGAAACCUUACAAGUGUUCACACUGUGACAAGAGAUUCGGUGUGUCAUCAAGUCUGAAAACACAUGGGAGGAUCCACACUGGAGAGAAACCUUACAAGUGUUCACACUGUGACAAGAGAUUCGGUGUGUCAUCAAGUCUGAAAACACAUGGGAGGAUCCACACUGGAGAGAAACCUUACAAGUGUUCACACUGUGACAAGAGAUUCGGUGUGCCAUCAAAUCUGAAAACACAUGAGAGGAUCCACACUGGAGAGAAACCUUACAAGUGUUCACACUGUGACAAGAGAUUCUGUGAUUCAUCAAGUCUGAAAAGACAUGAGAGGAUUCACACAGGAAAGAAACCUUACAAGUGUUUAAUCUGUGACAGGAAAUUCAGUGAUUCAUCAAGUCUGAAAAAACAUGAGGGGAUUCACACUGGAGAGAAAGCUUACAAGUGUUCACACUGUGACAAGAGAUUCAGUCAUUCAUCAAAUCUGAAAAAACAUGAGAGGAUCCACACUGGAGAGAAACCUUAUAAGUGUUCAAACUGUGACAAGGGAUUCAGUGAUUCGACACAUCUGAAAAAACAUGAGAGGAUCCACACUGGAGAGAAACCUUACAAGUGUUCACACUGUGACAAGAGAUUCGGUGUGUCAUCAAGUCUGAAAACACAUGAGAGGAUCCACACUGGAGAGAAACCUUUCAAGUGUUCACACUGUGACAUGAGAUUCAGUCAGUCAGGAAAUCUGAAAAAACAUGAGAGCACUCACACAGGAGAGAAACCUUACAAGUGUUCACACUGUGACAAGAGAUUCGGUGAUUCAUCAAGUCUGAAAAGACAUGAGAGGAUUCACACAGGAAAGAAACCUUACAAGUGUUUAAUCUGUCACAGGAAAUUCAGUGAUUCAUCGAGUCUGAAAAAACAUGAGAGGAUUCACACUGGAGAGAAAGCACAUCACCGCAAUGUACGUGGGAAGCGUUCCAUUGAGUCAUCUGUUAUACACAAAAACCAACCACAGUAAGGCCCCGUACACGCAGAGACGCAUUUAGCUGUAUAUGUAAAUAUUUUGUAUGGUAUAUGCGUUUCGUCCAGACUGAUCCAGCAUUCGGGGGAAUGAAAACCCUAUUAAAUAAAAAAAAAAAAAACACGUUCCCAGAGUGGAUAAAUCUGAAAAUGACACCUUUGUGUUUUUCUGUACUGCCAAUCCAUAUGUUUUGUAAAACAAUGAUGUCAUCACCCCACGUCUUGACCAUAUUCAGACACCGCUACGUCAUUUAACACCAACAACAAUAGAGGACUACAUGUUUGUGCUCAUGCUGCAGAAGCUACUGAGCCUGUAAGCUUGACUUAACUUACUAGUAGAGCAGCACGAUAUUGGAAAACAUUUCACAUCGCAAUGAUUUUUCUGUUUAUUAGGAACACCAUAGUAAUACUGUGUUUGACCCCCUUUCGCCUUCAGAACUGCCUUAAUUCUACAUGGCAUUGA